AUGAAACGGAAAGUUCGUUUGCAGGAUCAUCUCUUGGAAGAAUGGUGUAACGAGGUGGCUAAAGAGGUGUGGGAACAAAAGCCUGAAUUUGCAGUGAUACAUAUUCAGGGAUUGCGUGCAGCAUCCAAUCCUGAUCAAUUCGCUGAGAAAAUAGUCAAAUUUAUUCUUCGCGAUCCCAGAGAGAUAGCGUCACAGUUCUCGACUAGUCGUGCUUUCUUCGAUACACGCGAAACGGGUCUUGGUUCGAUCUAUCUGUUCCGAACGAAUAACGACAUAGAACUGUUUGACCGCUACAGUAAUACCGGGUAUAAAAGUCUCAGAUCAGGGCAUCAAUAUGAGAUCGGUGCACGUGAAUGUGAUGGUUUUAUCGCAAGUACAUUUGGGGCCACUUCGAAUACGGCCACGAGCUCACAGUCGUUUAGUUCGUAUCGAUACGAUUCCGAUUCAUAUCGUAAUGAUGCAGCACCCUCAGAAGUGCCCCAGCAAACGGGUUUUCUGAUGUCACGUUAUCGUAUUUAUGGGCGUGACUUCACGUUCGUCAAUUUGGCUCUUCAUGCGGUACCAUUCGAGGAUAUCAAUGAAUUAGUUGAACAGCCUGAGCAAACUAAAGCGGCAAGACUGCGUCAAAAUCAGAUCAAUCUUCUUUUGAAAGAAAUAGAUUCCGAGGGUUUGAAAGAUGAUUCAAUUCUCGUUGCGGGCGCAUUCAACGCACAAUUAUUUGAAACUCAACUGCUCAGUGACAUGGCUGAUACACAACGAGCAACAAGUUAUGCGAAGAAAGCAUCUGAUGGAAGAUUAGAAGGUAUUGAACAACGGGAUCGUUACGGAAGGAGUAUUGUAACAGUAGAACAACAUCGCUUUGAUUUGCAUUCAAUUCAUGACUGGUUCUUCCGUUUGGGAAGAGGACAGAUGGUCAAGAAAUAUAAUGGUGAAUUGGCACAGGUUGUUUUUGGAGGAAAACUUCUCGAGGAAUCCGUUUUCUUCCAGCCAUCGCGUCAUUAUGGUGUAAGCAAAGUGAGUGGAAAGGAAGAGUUCAUGAAAAAUUUAUGUCCCGCAUGGGCAGAUCGAGUGUUAUACAACGAAAAGCUUAGUGACCUCUUCAGACAUGAUUCGUUUUGUGCGUCAGGCUUAUAUUACGGUCUAGUUGGCGAAAAGACGUUCAUUGGACAACACAAGCCGGUAGCGUUGCAUGCAACCAUCUGCUUAAAAUAA